AUGGCCGGACGGGACCACCGGGCCACGAGGAGCCGACUGGUCUCCGCUGGAAUCGCCUGUUGGCUGCUGAUUGUCAUAGGAAUUUCAGCUCCAACAGCAGCCGCUGGACCUCACGCUUUCCAAGUCGUGCGAACUACAAACCAGCAGUAUAAAGGGGUGGACUUCUUCGCCAUCCAUGCGCGGCUGCCCGCUGACGGUUGGUCGGCCUCAGAGAACUGGUGCCGGGACUACCAGAACCUUUGUGAAAGGUGCGUGACUGAAUACAACUCCGACCCCUACAUCAACGACGUUCUUGGCUGCAACCCGGCAGGAGGUGUUGGGGAGAUUGCGAAGCUGGCUUUCUCAGCCCCAAACUCUUGGAGUCGGAGUUUCGGCUUUAAUAGCUGUGCCGACUCUGAUAGAUACUGCCGACAAAACAUAUCGAACAGUAUCUACAGUCUCUACUCCACAAGUCGCGCCUGGCCUGGGGAGGAAGACCAGACUGUGUACACCGUGUGUAAAGGCUCAACGCCUCACAGUAAUGGCGGCUGCCAGCAUUUCUGGGACGGUCAGAGCACGUGUAUCUGUCAACCCGGCUUCGUGUUGCAGGCAGAUGGUCGAAGUUGUGAAGCUGGACCCACCGCCUUUGAAGUCCUGAGGACUCAGAACCAUGAGUAUAAAAGAAUCAACUUUCUCGCCAUCGAGGCGCGACUACCGGCUGACGGCCUGUCUAAGUACAUCACCUGGUGCACGGACUACAUGUACCUGUGCGCAGAGUACGGACUCAGACCCACGGGCUGUGGGGAGGACCAUGCACUCGAGACAGGGCAAUAUUUCUACGAUAGAUAUGCGCGGUGCUUGGCUGAGUAUAACUCCGACCCCUACAUCGACAACUCGCUCGGCUGUAACCCGUACGGCCACAUCGCUAGUCUGGCGAGCUCGGCUUUCUCUGUCUCGGUCACACGUACCAGCAGUUUCGGCUUCUCUAGCUGCCAUUUUAACCACUGCAACCGUGAGAUAUACGAUAGUAGGAGCAGUACUGUACCCCCAGACUUUACCUUCGACGGAAGCGGCAGCACGAUCGUUUACACCGUGUGCAGAGGCAGAGAUGAGAUCCACACUUUCGAGGUCCUCCGCACUGCAAACCAGCAGUAUCAAGGAGUCGACUUCUUCGUCAUCGAGGCUCGGAUACCAGACGACGGCCUGUCCGCCUCUGAAAGCUGGUGCAGGGACUACCAAAACCUGUGCGCAGAGUUCGGGCUCAACGCGACCGGCUGUGGGGAGGACUACGCAGUGGAGGGGGGCUGGGGUACCACACCUGAACACAUCCGGUGCGCCGAUGAGUACAGCUCCGACCCCUACAUCAACAACGUGCUCGGGUGCCCUCCGGCCGCUGGGGUAGAGGCGGUGGUGAGGCAGGCUUUUGAACCUUUGUACACUGGUGCGAGGUUCUUCGGCUUUGAUGCCUGCUCCGUCCCCUCCUGCCAACGUACGCUAUACGAUAGCUCUGCUCUGUCCAACACAACAGCGAUUCACGCGGGCACAAGUUCAGCUGAGAGGAUUGUGUAUACCGUGUGUACCGGUAUAGUAGACAUAGACGCCUGUGAUAAUAAUCUAUGCCACGCCCAGGCCACCUGUACGGAUAACCCUGCCCCUGCUCUAGAUGCGACUUGUACCUGCAACACAGGGUUUACUGGAGACGGACUCGCUAAUGGAACUGGAUGUUUAGACACAGAUGCUUGCUCGGCUAACCCUUGCCACGCCCAGGCCAGCUGUACGGAUAACCCUGCCCCUGCUGUAGAUGCGACUUGUACCUGCAACACUGGGUAUACAGGAGAUGGACUUGCUAGUGGAACUGGAUGUUUAGAUAUAGACGCCUGUAAUAAUAAUCCAUGCCACGCCCAGGCCAUCUGUACGGAUAGCCCCGCCCCUGCUCUAGAUGCGACUUAUGCCUGUGAUACUAAUCCAUGCCAUGCCAAGGCCAGCUGUACAGAUAAUCCUCCUCCUGCCCUUAAUGCGACCUGUACCUGCAAUACUGGGUAUACAGGAGAUGGACUAGUCAAUGGAACUGGGUGUUUAGACAUAAACGUCUGCUCGGCUAAUCCAUGUCACGCCCAGGCCACCUGUACGGACAAUCACCCUCCUGCCCUUAAUGCGACCUGUACCUGCAACACUGGGUUUACUGGAGACGGACUCGUUAAUGGAACUGGAUGUACAGACACAGAUGCCUGCUCGGCUAACCCUUGCCACGCCCAGGCCACCUGUACAGAUAACCCUGCCCCUGCCCUUAAUGCGACUUGUACCUGCAACACCGGAUAUGCAGGGGAUGGAGUCGCUAGAUGUUCAGAUAUAGACGCCUGUGAUAAUAAUCCGUGUGACGCCCAGGCCAGCUGUACGGAUAACCCUGCCCCUGCUCUAGAUGCGACUUGUACCUGCAACACUGGAUAUGCAGGAGAUGGACUGGUCAAUGGAACUGGGUGUUUAGACAUAGACGCCUGUGAUAAUAACCCUUGCCACGCCCAGGCCACCUGUUCGGAUAACCCUGCCCCUGCUCUAGAUGCGACUUGUACCUGCAGCACUGGAUAUACAGGAGAUGGACUCGCUAGUGGAACUGGGUGUUUAGAUAUAGAUGCCUGUGAUGAUAAUCCGUGUGACGCCCAGGCCACCUGUACGGAUAACCCUGCCCCUGCUCUAGAUGCGACUUGCACCUGCAGCACUGGAUAUACAGGAGAUGGACUCGCUAGUGGAACUGGGUGUUUAGAUAUUGAUGCCUGUGAUAAUAAUCCGUGUGACGCCCAGGCCACCUGUACGGAUAACCCUGCCCCUGCUCUAGAUGCGACUUGUACCUGCAGUCCAUGGUUCACGGGAGAUGGACUUGUCAAUGGAACUGGGUGUUCGGUAACAACUGCGCCCCCUAGCCUGGUGUACCAGGUAUUGCAGGGUGUUCAUGAGAGCCUGGAGCUAUUCAACACAAAUGACAGCGCCACCAUGGCGGACUGGGAAAGGUGGAGAACAGGAGAGGCCGUUCCAGAGGAUUAUAAGAGGGAAACCCGGCCGCAAACGAGAGAUGGCAACAUCGAAGUGAUUUACACUGUGGCUGUUCUUGGAGUCGGUCCGCUUUCUGAAGCAAACUCGAAUAUGACUGUGGCAAUUGAAUACUCCAUGGCUUGGGUUGAUGAUCGACUCGCAGAGCUGACAGAUCACGUGACCCCGGUCUCCAGUGCCCUCCUGUGGGUGCCUCCACUCGCCUUCGGAUCUACCGUAAGGAGGGCGGCGCACAUCGAUGGUGACGGGAAAGGCAACAACAACAAAAUAAAUAUGUGGCUGCAGCGACAAGGAGUCACGUUCUAUAAACUCACGAGAAAGCUAGAGCUGAUUUGUCCAACAGAUCUAGAAAAAUACCCCUUUGAUGACUACAAAUGCAGCAUUGUGCUCAAUGGAUACGGCGGAGUUGUCUUCCCCUUCCGCCAGCCAUCGGAGUCUUACGAAGCGCAGCCCAUCGAGGUGGACAUGACCGAAGUGACGUCACAGUUCGAAAUGACAGGACUGAAGCUGGUCUCAAGAGUUACUCCACUCAAUCAGCACACAGAAACAGGAUGUGUGAUGUUCGAAGCCAGCUGUACCUUCCCUGCAAACGACUGUCCGCUGAUGAAAGGCUGUGCUGACGAAAGUGACGAAUGUUACGGGUGUAAACACUUCGUGGGAACAUGCAGCUACGUCAGCGCUACUGACCAAUGUGCCAACACCUCGUCGGGACUGUCCACCCUUGAGGUCCAGUUGAGCUUCUCGCGUCGGAGAUGGAGUCACGUGUUCCGGACCUUCGUUCCUAGUGUUGUCAUCGUGGGCUGUUCCUGGAUCUCCUUCUGGCUCCAUCCGAGUGACGUCACGGCCAGAGUUCAGCUGUGUGUCACGGUCAUACUUGCCCUCAUCGCGAUGGCCGGCAAUCGUAUGAAGCACGGGAUUACCGCUGUCAGGGCGGAAGAUGUGUGGAUGUGUGGAGGUAUCAUCACCGUGGCACUAGCUCUGUUGGAGACAGUUGCCGUCAACUCAGCACUCCGCGGAAAUGUGUUCAUGCUCUCCGUCUUUAAGCGCCAUACAACCCGAGUUGAGCCGAUCCCGGGACCUUCGGCUUGGGCGGACGAUGAAGGGAAUGAAGAAGCAACCUCUCACGAAGCUGUCGCCAACAGGAUUGAUUUCUUCUCCAGAAUACUCGUUCCUAUUAGUUUUACUGCCUUUGUAGCCGGAUUCCUUCUGUACUAUUUGGUGUGA